GGUCAGUGUCUCAUCAUGUUUGCUUCCACACUCUUCUGCAGGUUUGGUUUCUGCUGUUCUCGCCCCACAAGACUCAGAAUCUACACGUCCAGUUCAGUCUGGUCAGCAGGUUUCGUUUCCAGUUACAGCAGUCGACCUCCAACCAAAGAUGUGUCUCUUCAUUAUAGCCUCGGUCGCCCAGUCCUCUCUUUGCGUCUCCCUGCAGGUCAGCAGUGUCGUUUCACUCUAACGCCCAUGUUGACCACAGUGGGCGACCUGCUGCGAGACAUCACAGCCAAAGACCCCGGAGUUCACACUGCUGCUCUGCUCAACGGAGAUGGACAACGAAUCUCCUCAUGCACCUUCAUGGAAACUGUUUUAAAUAAAGAUUUUCAGCUCGUCAUCAAUGAUGUCACGUACAACGUUCCCUCACUUGGACAAGGUUCGUCUCAUGAACAUGUGCUGGGUCCAGAUGAUAUGAAGUAUGUGAUUCACCUUCUUCACUCGGCUCUGAGUCUUCCUCAGCAGCAACACAUCCAACACUCGGAGCUGCUGAUCAGACAGGAGCAGCUCAAACAGCAGCUGAGGCCACUGGAGACGGUAAAAGUCCAGAUGGCACGGGAGGCGGAUUUUAGAGCAUCCAUGCUGGGGUGGGUGGGGCUCGCCUACCUGUCUCUGCAGGGAGGAUUCCUGGGUUACCUCACCUGGUAUGUGUUUGCCUGGGACGUCAUGGAGCCAGUCACCUACUUCAUCUCCUACACCACCAGCAUGAUCUUCUUCGGCUACUACAUCCUGACCAAACAGGAUUUCAUCAUUCCUAGGCUGAGGGAUCGUCAGUUCCUCCUCUCCUUCUACCAGAGAGCAUCUAAACAGAAAUUCGAUGUUCGUAAAUACAACGAGCUUAAAGACGAGCUGUCGAAGGUGGAGGCUGAUCUCCAGAGGUUGAGAAGUGCCAUUCGGCUGCAGCUGCCGGUGAAUCAGGUUCAGUCCCAACAAAACCCCUGAGAUUUUUGUACAUUUUCUCUUUGUUUGUGACAUUAAAUGUAAUUUUUGUAACUUUUUUUGUAGUUGUUCCUGAAUAAUAUUAGACCUUUAGAAAAUCAUUAUUGAUAAUUGUGGAAACACAUUAGGCUAAUAUGCCGUGUAUGUGAAUUGUUAGUUGUAGAAACUGAGGAAUGUAUUUCACUGGAAUUUUAUUGGGUGCAAAGUGGUAUUUUCUUACCAUACAACCAGUAAACAAAAAAUAGGUUGAAAGAAUAUAAUUGUGUGUAUACAUAUGUGUGUGUGUGUGUUUUAUCAGGAGUUGAACUUGGUGACUGCAGGCCAACCUGUAUGAAGUCUGAU